UUUGCAUGGUAUUGCCUUUAAACCAUUGUCAACUUCUAAAGAGUAAAGUACGAAAUAAUAAUAACACAACCUACAAAAGAAAAAUAAUAAAAAUGGUAAAUAAUUUAGAAUUAUACUUUGAUUUUAUAUCGCAACCAUCAAGAGCCUUAUAUAUACUUUUGAAACAAAGUGGUGCCAAAUUUGAAGCAAAACAGAUUAAUCUACUGGAAGCCCAAAAUACCAACGAUGAUUAUAAGCAAAUCAAUCGUUUCCAAAAAGUGCCUGCAAUUAUUGAUUAUGAAUCGGGUGAAAAAUUUCAUUUGGCCGAAAGCAUAGCCAUACUUAGAUAUUUGGUAACAAAAGGUAAAAUAUUGGAAAACUUCUAUCCAGCAGAUUUCCAGCAACGAGCCCGCAUUGAUGAGUUUCUAUGUUGGCAACACAAUGGCAUAAGAACUUCUUGUUCUCUAUAUUUCCGUUUCCUUUGGGUACAGGCGAAAGUUUUCGGUGCCCCAGCCUCCGAUGCCAAAGUGGCAAAAUAUCGCAAAUUUAUGGAAGCUGAUUUGCAACUGAUGGAAAAUCAAUGGUUACAGAGUUCACAAUUUUUAGCUGGAAAUAAUUUAAGUGCAGCUGAUGUAUUUGGAGCGUGUGAAAUUGAACAGAUAAGAGUAUGCGGCUACGAAAUUAAGGAAAAAUAUCCCAAAGUUUUUGCCUGGAUUGAACGUGUACGCCGAGAACUGGAUCCCUAUUUCGAUGAAGCCCAUAAAGUUGUGUAUGCUUUUGAAAAGGAAAGCAAAUCAAAAUUGUAGUUCCAUUAAAUGCCUAUAACGAAUUGAUUUUGGUAAUCGUUUAUAUUUUAUACUUGUCUGGUUUGUUCGGCUCGAGGUCAUGAAAACAAUUGUUCAAAAACUAAUGUUGUUUUUUAAAACAAUUGUUUACACGACCUCGAGCCGAGCAAACCAGAAAAGUAUUAAAUAAAUAGGUCAGCCAUCACAACACA